AUGGCAACAGCGCAGUUGCUUCGCCUCCCCGAGGUGCAGUCUUGCAUCGUAUCCGAUUUCUUUCUCCUACCUUGCGACCUCGUGUGUGAAAUCGAAGGCACAUACCUGCUAAAGACGUGGAUGGCGUCUCAGGGCCAGGCCAUAAUGGCCGAGGAAAACAGGCACCGCCGAGGCGGUCUUUGUAUGUAUUAUCGUGUGGAAUAUGCUAUAAAGGACGAGGGUUUGAAUCUGAUAGCUGUUGAGCCUGCAAGAUCAAGUCAGAGGCUAUCGAAACUUCUCAUGUCUACCGGGAUGGACACCGUGAAAAGAAACAUGGAGCGUGACAAAGGUUUUCUUCUUCGUCACUCCUUUACGAAGCGGCAAGCCACGCGGGCCAAGAUGUUGACUGGCUACCGCGAUGCACACCUCUACAUUUUCCCCUACUGGGUGAAGGAUCUCGCACGGCGCCAGGAAAGACUAGAGUCGAUCAGUGAGGAUCUCAUUGGGCUCUGGGCCAAGUCUUCAUGGCAGCGGGGACUGCAUAAAAAGCUAGGAAUGGAUACUUGUCUGAGCCAGCAGAAAGAAAGCCCAGAGAACGACUACCAGGGAUUGAGCAUUAUCACCCACCAGCCACCACGGAACGAUGUCUCAGAAGUACCACCUCUCCUAGCAUAUUUGCAUACAGGAUCCACGCCACUUGUUCGUCGUGUCGACAAUCCCGCUCUUCUCCUAUCAACUUCCCUUCGUCUAGCCAAACUAGGAUCCACGGAAGAUGUCGGCCAUACAGCCCCAUUCGCCCACGACAGAAAGAUUACCUCCCCUGAGUGUGUGGCUUCGAACUGUUUUGUUUCGAAGGAUGACUGUCUGCUUGGAUCCAAUGUGAUUGUUGAGCGACGUUCUGUUAUAAAGGAAUCUUGCAUUGGCCCGAACACCAAGAUCUGCAGCGGUGCACGAAUCACGCGAUGCGUCAUUCUUGAUGGCGUUGUCAUCGGAGAACGUUGUGUAUUAACUGGAUGUGUAGUUGGAAGCCGUAGUCAUAUUGGCAAUGAUUCUGUGCUUAAAGAUUGUGAAGUUCAGGAGGGUAAUGUUGUUCCUGAGAAAACGGAGGCUAAGAACGAGAAGUUCAUGCCACUUUUUGAAGAUCUCGAGGAGGGUACUGAUAUAUUUGCGAAUAGUUGCUAG